UGGCAUCGGCUGUCCGAUUGCUUUUCGGCCCAGCCCUCCGAUUAUUAUUUCAUAACCAGUUCUCCCCCCAAGUUUGCUAACGUAGAUUUGAUCCGUUUCAAGAGAUUUUUAUUUUUCAUCUACUUUUAUAUCUUGCAUGCAACAUUCUUUUAACCAUCGUCUGUACGAAACGAACAAGACCUUAGGUAACAUCGUCGACUUGUGCAACUCACAUUUACAGUAUUCAUCAAGUCAUGUAAGUGUUUAACGGUCGCCAAUACCUUAUUCGAAGCACACGCCGCUACCUUAAUUCCUGUAGAGAAGGGUCGGGAUGGUCCGCCAAGUGAUUUCUCUUCUCGACUCGAGCCCUUCGAUGUUCCCAUUUAGAACUGUCCCUUAUUGCCCAGCGUAUUCCGGCGUAUUCUUCUCGAUAUUACUGUAUUAGUUACAUCCUCUGCACGCUUUCACUUCGAACGGUUUCUUCUUGAUGAGAGAAGGAUGGACUAGCUAGUCCUAGUUACGCACCUACCCAUUCGUGACACCCCUCCAACCUCGUCCAGGGUCUGAAGUCCUGAGAGUUACAACACCCGCUAAGAUUUAUGUUCCAGUGUUCCAGGUUUCCAGGUUCAGGGGAACAUAUUAUACCCCCUGUCCCAUGCCCCCCUGUCUAUAAGGUUCAGUUCCACCUUUUAUUCGCUUAUAUUCAAUACUAUACAGUAUACUAUAUCGACGCCCGAACGCUUCACCGCCGACGGUCCUAUAUCCCAUAUCUUAACAAUAUGACCACCAUUAUGUCUGUAGAACAGCCACACCCAUCGAAUGGGCUGGAUGAGGCUCGGAAGUCAGUAACUUCCAGAAUAUCCAAGGAAUCCCGUGAGCAGUCUAGAAAUAGCUUCGCAUCAUAUUCUACCUGCGAAGAAGACCUCGCCGACGUGUUCGCCGAUAUGGACGAUACGUGUAUGAUCGAAGAGGCUACGGUUUUGGAUGCUCGGGAGGUUACUAUUGCGACCCCUAAGUUACCAGAGAGGAGCGCACUCAGGACAUCAAGACUCUUGAAUACUCUACAGCGUAUCUCGACCGAGCCGAUCACCGACCCGCACGAUGCUUACCUCUCCUCCGAGGAGGAUGCCUCUUCGUCUGCAGACGACUUCUCCGACUACGAGUGCGACUCUAACAGCGACCAAUCCGAGAAGUCUCCAGCGCGACGCAAGAGUCAAGAGGACACCGCCAGGGCCGUCUCGGUAAUAUAUGUCGGGAAACCUUUCGUAGUGGACCUGGCGAGCGGUCGAAGAUCAGUAUCGCCUAUUCGAAGACCUCGAACGAGAUCCUCCUCUCCUUCUAUCCGCACAAGCUCGUUUGAAGGUCGGCCAGGUCCGUUACGGGCAACUAGCUUCGCAUCCGCCAUAGAUAUACCCAGGGAGAGUCCAUCCUUCCUCAGCCAGGACCCCUUUGCUACCAACAACUACAAGCUCGAAUCGGCAUCGAAGGUACCGGUACUUACUGACGUUAUCCCCCGAGCUAAGACUCCAUUCCAUCGUCUUCAAAGAUCGAUGAAUCUAGUAAGGAAGCGUAGCCGUCCAAAUCUUAAGGACGCCGCCUCCAGAGAUAGUAUCCUCAGUUUGAGAUCUAUAUCAACUUCGACCACGGAUCUUCAACUUACAUUAAAUACGUUACGCACGGCCGGCGAGGAAGAGCAGCAGGCCAGGAGAUCCGAGCCAGUAUCUGCUACCCCCGCACGGCCUCAGACCCCCGUGACUUACAACGAUAUCAUGAUGUCGGCGCGGAGGGAAUCAAACCCACGAUUACUUACUAAACUGCCUCCGUCGAUUCAACCUGCGAGCCCAAGCCCAACAACAUUGAAGAGGGGCAUAUUAAGCGGUCUCAAUAUGAAUCGGCGGCGGAGUUUACGGCUUAACAAGCCAUAAAAGCUUACUCUCUUUACUAUCAUAAUUUCUUAUCAAUUUCGUUAAUCUCGGGGCAUACAACUAGGAGGCGUUACAGAGGCAACAUGGAGUUGAGUUUGGAGGCGCAUCAUCACUACUGCGAGUUAUAGGUGCAUUGAGUUUGACAAGGUUCAUGGGAGAGUGUUAAUUGAUAUGAUACCUUGGGGAUAUGCCGAUUAAUGAGCAACGGCCACAGUAUAAGGGGGAAAAUUGGUAGCAAUACGCUAAUGGGAGGAUUACAUGGGUCUAUUAACGCUGCUAUAGCGCUUACACAAUGAUUAUUAGAUGAAUGAUACCACGUCACAACUCA